CGCGUCGAAGCUUUUUCCUUGAAUUGUGUCGCAUAUUUGUGUCAAUUUGUGCACGAGUUGGAGUUAUAUGCGCGAACGAGUUAUUUGUUCUUUGUUUUGUAAAUGUGUUCUAGUGUAUUUGAAACAAGAGUCACGUAAAAAGAAUAAAUACGUGAACAGAGUACGCCUGUUUGUUUGUAGCCGAUUUGUGAACGUCUAUAAAAUUGUAAAUCUUCUUUUAUAUAGUUUUAUAUACAAUAGGAAUAAACAUAUUUUUACAUUGUCAGUGUAAUCAUUGUCGAUUACGAUUUUUUUCAAAUAUUAAUAAAAUAUAAGUAAAUCGAGUCGAUCGAUCAUCGUCCCAGGUUUUGUACGUGGCAGUGUAAGCGAGACGAAGAUUCAACCAAUCAUCGAAAUCGAAACCAAAGGAAAAGCAGUGUUGGAAGCGGCAGAGAAUUUCUACCAACACAGUACCUAGAAUUUUGUUUUUCUUAAACGCACAUCUCUCUCUUUUUCUACCUUUGCCCCCUCCUGUUUUCCCUCCCCCUUGUUUUAAUGGUACCCGUGCCCCGUAUCUGAUAGCGUGCCACGAUUAGUUCUAACAUCAGUUUCGUUCUACGUUCAUGAAACAUUAAACACCAAGUGCUAAAUAGCUAAGUGUCAACGUUCAAGCAGAAUUAAGCCAUUAAAAAAGACGUGCGUAGAAGUAGUGGGAGUUGACCAUUUAUGCAAGAUUUAUCGACGCUGCAAAUUUUUCAAGUAACAACAAUCGAUAAGAUGGGUCUGGGAAACAAGAAUCGUGUCGCGCCUGCUGUAUCCCAUCGAAACGGCGCGUUUCACUAAUUUAGAUCUUCGAGGGGCGUGUUCCACCUUGGAAGGAGAACAACGGGAGAAAAAAGAAAAAGGACGAUCCUUGUUGUGGAUGUCCGAAGAGAAUCCAGAGAUGCGGGAAAUGGCAGCGCGCAUAUGCCGCGAUUACCUGCACGGAGUUUGGAAACACGUUACCGCGGAGAACAUGACAUUGAAACGUAUCAGCGGCGGAUUAAGCAAUUGGUUGUACAAUGUCCAGUUACCCGAUGGAACUGUUCCGAUUCGAGGCGAACCACGACAAGUCUUAUUGCGACUGUACGGUCAGAUACACGGGGAAAGAGCUUUGGAAGGUCUGAUCACCGAAUCGGUCAUAUUCACGUUACUGUCGGAAAGACGACUCGGACCCAAGUUACACGGUAUAUUUCCCGGUGGUCGAAUAGAAGAAUACAUACCGGCGAGACCGUUGCUUACCGAUGAAUUGGCGGAUCCGAUUUUAAGCUGCAUGAUUGCCGAAAAAAUGGCCCAGAUACAUAGCAUGCAGGUUCCGAUAAGCAAAGAACCAACUUGGCUUUGGGAUACUAUGACCAAAUGGUUGGACACGACCACCGACAUAUUAGAAAAUAUCGAGGACGUCGAUGCUCGACAUUUGAAAAACGUCAACGCGAUACGAGCGAUCGACCUAGAUCACGAGAUCAAGUGGUUCAGAUCUCUCGCAACCCGACAUAAAUAUCCAGUUGUUUUUUGUCACAACGAUAUGCAAGAGGGUAAUAUAUUGCUACGGCAAAAUACACGGAAACCAGAACUAGUUCUUAUCGACUUUGAAUAUUGCUCUUAUAAUUAUCGAGCAUUCGACAUAGCAAAUCAUUUCGUGGAAUGGCAGUACGAUUAUACAGCAGCGGAAUAUCCUUUCUUUCAUGAACGCGCAGCAUCUGGUCCUACAAAAGAGCAAAAGCUCAACUUUAUAAGAAGUUACUUAAGAACAGUCGGCAAAGAAGGAUCACCGGAAGAGGAACGAAUCAUGAUGGAAAUCAAGAUAUUCUCUUUGGCUAGUCACUUAUUUUGGGGUCUUUGGAGUAUCGUCAACGCCAAAUUAUCAGAAAUUCCAUUUGGCUAUUGGGAUUAUGCAGUGUCUAGAUUAAAAAAUUACCAGUAUUUAAAAGAGAAGAUUAUGGCUUCUGGAGGAUCGCCGACGAUAGACAACGAUGAUACUGCUGAAAAAAUAACCGUAGAUUGAACAAAUCGAGCGCAUGAUCGUUACGACGAAGACUGUUUCCUUUCUGCAACGUAACGUGACAAAUAAAAGUUUACCUACCAUAUUUUCAUGCGCUCGUAAUUACGUAUCUUGUCAGAAUCACGAUUUACCGUUGUUUCGUGAUACAUGUUUGCGGUUUUCAACAAAAAGAAGAAAAGAGAAAAGAAGAGCGAAA